AUGGACGACGACCAAAUCGCGUGCUUUUCGCGGGUGGCGAAGGUUGCCAAUACCAAAGACCUGACAUAUGAUACUACGCCUAUGCCAGCAAAACGGUUGAAUCCUAUUCUGAAUACCAUAGGAGGCCCGGUCAGGGGCCUGAGCUACCUCCAAUUCGAGAGAACACGAGGUGCGAUUGCGCUUAGUCUCCAAUAUGCAGUCAGCUAUCUGCGGAACCAACUGGAUGACCCGACUAUGGUCUCGUCCCCGUGCCCUGAUAACAUCAACUGGUUCUUUUACCCUGACCUCGACAACUUCAUAGAGGGAACACAGUGGCUUGAUCCCGUCAUGGAGGAAACAGGUGAUGGGGAGAAGCGAUUCUUUACACACCCCGCUUUUGUGAGCUUCAGGACUCGGCCAAUAUCGAUCUGGGUCAUCCGCAUGGGCCCCAAUGAGACCGACGAGGAAGACAUCCGUGCUGACCGUGAUGCUCACUGGGCAGUCCUCAUAUCCUAUAACGAGGAUCUCAAGGAGCCGGUAUUCGUUCCGCGCGGACGCUAUUGUCGGAUUGACGCCACUCUGGACCCUCACAGGGACCGCUACUACGACAGGAAGGUCUUUUGUGUCCAGUUCUUUGAUCCUCUCGACGGGCCCGCUGAGGACCGUUCGGCGCGGUACAACAAGGUGGCCAACUUCUUUAACCAGCUAUGCAUCCGUGCUGGCACCAUACUUCCAGAGGAGAGGGGCACAUGGCGGUUCUCACACCACCCCACCGUCACCGAGGAAUGGGAGACGGGCUACUGCUGCUACGCCAUCAUCCAGCAGUACAUGCGCCGGGUGCAGCUGCUGCGCACCUACGGCGACUACGGCAAGGGGCAGGCGGACAGCGACUUCUGGAGGCGGAUCAUGUGGGCCAACUACGACGGCAUGCCGCACGUGGAUGCCUGCCGCGAGUCCAUGAUGGCCGGCUGUGCCUGUCGCGCCAUAGCCAUGUCGGGAUUCAAGGCCAGGCUCGCGGUGGAGCUGCCCGGGAGGACGACGACGCAUCGCCCCGAGCUGCUGGACCCUCUGCACGGCCCCGGGGUUGAUAUCGGUCGUCCCCAGGAUCCGGAAGAGGAGACGUUGGCAGAGAUGAUUCAGAUUUACCCCAAAGACUACUGA